ACACACACACACACACACACACACCUGGGGACAAUUUCCAAAUCGUUCCGUUUGCCCGUGCAGAGAAAUCUCACUCUGUCCAUGACAAAGGAUAGCAAUGUACCACUGAGAUUUGUUUCAUGCAGCUAAAAAAAUAUUUUGGACAUGGGAAUUAAGUCUGGCUCGGUUUUAUUCUGUAGAAAGGACACCCACCUCACACUCCAACCCCCCCCCCUUUCCACCGAGAACCAGUGGUACUGUCCAAUACAUCACCGGGCAAGUCUAGGCCUGCCUAUUUCUUUAAUGAAUAGUCAUGAGAGAGGAAAAGGGGUGGGUAUGAGUUUUGUUGUUAGAUGCAGCUAGAUGACAGAACUAAGGUGUGGGGAGGGUGCCGGGGAGUGGGGGUAGAGAAGCAAGCAAAAUAGCCAGCCACCAAAGUAGCCAGCCCCACAUCUUUCCGCUGCCCUUUCCCCAUUGGCACACCACAGGCACUUCACCGCCCUCCCCACUUUUGCAUGCCAUUUAAUGCCCCCCGCGGCUCCACCGUCCACCCCUUGACUCCAUGACUCCGGCGACAGGGAUUUCCCCUGUUACUUUUAAACCCCAAGAAGACUAAAAUGCUGUACGCUAGCAAUCCAAUGCAGCACUACACCACGUCUCAGUUUAAUUUGCUAAACAACAGCAUGGAUCAGAGCACUGACAGCAGGGCCGCCUCCUCUAGCCCUUAUAGCUCCGAGCACGCCUCCAAUGUCCCGACACUCUCGCCUUACUCGCAGCCCAGCUCCACCUUCGACACCAUGUCCCCAGCGCCUGUCAUCCCGUCCAACACUGACUACCCGGGACCGCAUCACUUCGAGGUCACCUUCCAGCAAUCCAGCACAGCUAAAUCUGCGACCUGGACAUAUUCCCCGUUGCUCAAGAAACUCUACUGUCAGAUUGCAAAGACGUGCCCCAUCCAGAUCAAAGUGUCAACGCCUCCUCCUCCAGGGACUGUCAUCCGAGCCAUGCCAGUCUACAAGAAGGCGGAGCAUGUGACGGAAGUGGUGAAGCGGUGUCCAAACCACGAGCUCGGGCGCGACUUCAAUGACGGUCUCUCGGCUCCUGCAAGCCACUUAAUCCGUGUGGAAGGCAACAACCUAUCUCAAUAUGUGGAUGACCCUGUAACUGGGAGGCAGAGUGUGAUGGUUCCUUAUGAACCUCCCCAGGUGGGUACCGAAUUCACCACCAUCCUUUACAACUUCAUGUGCAACAGCAGCUGCGUGGGUGGAAUGAACAGGAGACCCAUCCUCAUCAUCAUCACCUUGGAGACCAGAGAUGGACAGGUCUUGGGGAGGAGGUCAUUCGAAGGCCGAAUCUGCGCUUGUCCCGGCAGAGACCGGAAAGCAGAUGAAGACCAUUACCGAGAGCAGCAGGCCCUGAAUGAAAGUGUGGCAAAAAACGGCAACCCAAAUAAGCGGACUUUCAAGCAAAGUCCUCAAGGUAUUCCAGCACUGGGAGCUGGAGUGAAGAAAAGGAGGCACGGGGAAGAAGAGACAUAUUACGUACCUGUACGUGGCAGAGAGAACUUUGAGAUGCUGAUGAAGAUCAAGGAGAGCCUGGAGCUGGUGGAGCUGGUUCCCCAACAGCUGGUCGACUCCUAUCGCCAGCAACAGCAGCAGCUCUUGCAACGCCAGACUCACCUUCAGCCUCCUUCUUCCUAUGGCCCAGUUCUCUCGCCAAUCAACAAGCAUCACACGGGAGGGAUCAAUAAGCUGCCGUCCGUCAACCAGCUCGUGGGGCAACCCCCGCAGCACAGCUCCAGCGCUGGGACCACCCUUGGGCCGAUGGGGCCGGGAAUGCUGAACAGCCACACCAUGCAGUCCAAUGGAGAAAUGAACGGCGGGCACCCCUCGCAGUCCAUGGUCUCAGGGUCGCAUUGCACACCCCCUCCGCCCUACAACCCAGACCCAAACCUUGUCAGUUUUUUAACAGGUUUGGGGUGCUCAAACUGCAUUGACUAUUUCACUUCACAUGGGUUACAGACUCUUUACCACCUGCAGAACUUAACUCUAGAGGAUCUUGGAGCACUGAAGAUCCCGGAGCAGUACCGGAUGAUUAUCUGGAGGGCCCUCCAGGAGUUGAAGCAGGGCCACGACUACGGAGCCCAGCAGCUCAUCCGCUCCAGCAGCAAUGCCUCCACCAUCUCCAUCGGCACAUCCGGCGAGCUGCAGAGGCAACGUGUCAUGGAAGCCGUUCACUUCCGCGUCCGCCACACCAUCACCAUCCCGAACCGCAGUGGGGCCGAUGAGUGGGCGGACUUCGGCUUUGACCUCCCGGACUGCAAGUCCCGCAAACAGUCCAUCAAAGAGGAAUUCACAGAGGGAGAAAUCAACUGAGUGUCUCUAGAGAGGCACAUGGAAGCUGGCGAAUUAAGGGCAAGGAACUGAACAGUUGGACCUGAAAGGUAUUUGGCACAACAGCCAGGCGGAACGAGCCUUUUGGGUAGCCACCAAAAAGUAUUUUUUCAGAGCUUGGGGCAGGACGUGACGGUUGCGCUCUGGAGCUGAAAUGCAGUCCUUUGCAACGUACCUUUUCACGAAGGGUAGCUAAUUUGGCGGUCGCAUUUAGCAGCAGGACAUGCACUGGGUUAAAAAAAACACACCUGUGUUAUGUUGCACUUGGUUGUGUAGCAAACCUGGGUGAAUUUUAUAUCACAGCAUCAAGGACCUUAAGGAUAACACGUGUCUCAUCUUAUCUAUUCUCUUCCACCUCGUCAGAAAAGUCUCCAAGCCCCUAACUUCUUUAAGUGAGAACAGGGCUGACCUGUCACACAUCGUGGGAGGUUUGUACGGCCAACUGGAACCAAACCACUUAGGGACUUCUUUUCUUUAACAGACUGCCAAAAAAGUGUUUGUUUUUCUACAGUACUUUGCAGAACAGAAAAGCAGCUCUUUACGAUUUGAUUAACCUGAGGGAUAUCUGUGUUAGCUGGGUGAAGGCGUUGCCUAGCAAGACGACUUUGUACACACACGCUGUAUAUACUGUAUACUCGCCAUGAUGUUGUAAGGUUUAUUUUCUAUGUAAGCUAUUGUGAAGAGUUCACAGAUGGACAAGGUUUCACCCCCUUCUGAGGGGGUGCAAAGAUGGCAUCAUUAUUCCCCUACCCAAGAAAGGAAAACAAUUCCACAACUGUUUCUAGAGUCAAAGGUUUAUUGCUUGAUGAAAUCCAAAUCAUUAUUUGGUCAUUGUAAUGGAUUCCUAAGCAAAACAUCAAAAAAAGGCUAUAGUUUUCGUCUUUGGGAGAAAUGAGCUCUCUGUCAUUACACUUCUCCACACACAAAAACACACACAAUGGUAUAUAGUUUGGUGCUAGCUGUUUCUUGCUUAGAAGCCCUAUAGAUGGGUUAUGUUCCCUAGAUUUCAGAACAAAUUCAUGCUUAGGUGAUACGGGGUUGCAUUCAACAAUGUGGGUGUUUUAUUGGCUCGGGUGCAAAAUUUUGCUUUGUAAGAAACUUGCUUUUUCUUUUAAUUUUCUUCUUCUUCUUUUUGUCGCAGCACAUUUCAAUAGACUCCAGAAAGGUAAGAGGUUUUGGAGGGAGCUUCCAAAUGCUAUUGGACUCCAACUCUCACCAACUCCAGGCAGUAUGGCCAAAGGUUCAGGAUAAUGGGAAUUGUAGUCCAACAACAUUUGGAAGGACCACCCUUGCUUUAAAGCAACUCAUUCCAUCAGGUUGGCCACUUUGGGAACAGGAUGUAGCUAUGAACAAGGGGUAUAUAAAUUUGUUAAAUAAAUCAUCUGGAUAGCUCAGUUGUUUAGAGUGCGGUGUUGAUGACACCAAGGUUGCAGGUUUGAUCUCCAUAAGGGACAGCUACAUAUUCCUGCAUUGCAGAGAGCUGGACUAGAUGAACUUGGUUCCUCAUAAGGCUUGGUUACCAGAUUCUUGAUUCUCUUUAAUGCCAUCCUCCACCCUCCAGCUUAGGGACGCGGGUGACACUGUGGUCUAAACCACAGAGCCUAGGGCUUGCCGAUCAGAAGGUCGGCAGUUCAAAUCUCCGUGAUGGGGUGAGCUCCCGUUGCUCAGUCCCUGCUCCUGCCAACUUAGCAGUUCGAAAGCACGUCAAGUGCAAGUAGAUACCUUUCGGCGAGAAGGUAAACGGCAUUUCUGUGCGCUGCUCUGGUUUGCCAGAAGCGGUUUAGUCAUGCUGGCCACAUGACCCGGAAGCUGUACGCCGGCUCCCUCGGCCAAUAAUGCGAGAUGAGCGCGCAACCCCAGAGUCGCCCACGACUGGACUUAACAGUCGGGGUCCCUUUACCUUUACCCCUCCAGCUUGGGUGCCUAGAAUUGGGCACAGCACUCUUAUAACCCCUCCAGAUGUUGUUAUUGAUUCCAAUUCCCAUCAGCCCCAACCAACAUGGCUAAGUGUCAGGGAUGAUGCAAGCUGUAACCGAGCAAUACCUGGAAGGCCAGAGGUUCCCCAUUCUAUCCCAGGUGCACAUAAUCGGUACCUCUGGAAAUUUCCUCCUGAUUCUGACCAGGAUUUUUGACAUUGACUUUCCUUGUUUCACAUGCUUCUGCUAUUGUAUGUUUUUGUUCUCUUGUCUUUGCUAAGAACAGUUUGCAAUUCACCCAUCCUGUUGCAGCAUCCAGGUAGAAUUUUAGAGCCCCCUUUUGUGACACCGUGUGAUUUUGUUUGUUUGUUUGUUUAAAAGCCCCUUGCAGGGCAAGGGGAAACACUUUGAUUUGGGUUUGGGUUUCUUGGUUUUUCAAUAGGCUUCUUCUGGACUUCCAUCCCUUAAAGAGAGGACUCUUUCAGAGGACUGCCCACUGUAAAGCAGGACACAUACAUCAGCUGCCCCUGCCACUGAACUAGCAUAGCCAAAAUGCUACAGAUCUGUCACUUAUUACCCAGCAAAAAAUUCUCCUCCUUCUCUCUCUCACCCACUUUGCAUCACUACUCAGUGAAUAUCUCUAGGGAGCACCCAGAUUUGCACCUUGUUAAAGAUCCUGUCUGAAAACUGUGCAUGUGUUUUUGUCCUGCAGGGGCUGAGACUUUGGAAACAGCCAAGAUGCAAUAGUGCUUGUGAAGUAGCAGCGAGUUAAAGCACUUUAUGUUGUUCUUUCCCACCCUCACUCACAUCUUCAGUGGUCACAAAAAUGCUUUCCCGGAGCAGUAUUACUAUAUAUAAUUACUCUGUGAGUGAGUGUGUGUGCGCGCAUCUGCAUGCUUAUGUUACUAGCAAAUUUCAAAAUGUUGGGCACAUGUCUUGAGCAGCUUGAGCAAAAAUCCAGAAGCUCUGGAAGCAUCCUGGAGUCAGCAGCAGGGAUGGGAGAGUACAUUUGUUUAGUAUGCAUGCAAAGGUGAGCCUUCAUUCACACUUUCUGGAACAAUACGAGGACCGAAGCACAGCAAAGUAAUGUGUACAAACAUGCGUGCAAAGGGUACUUGUACCUAGAGGUAUACAAGGUUCUCAGUUUGCAGGAGAAAGGCCUACCAUAUAUUUUGUUGAUUCAUAGCCAUACUGGAGAGUGGAGACCCAUGGGAUGCACAGAGAGAGUGCUGUUGACCUACCUGGGCUUCAGCUAGAGUUAGGCCUAUAAACACCUGCCAAAAUCACAGCUUCAAAACCAUGAAAAGGGAAAGAAAGGUGUUGGCACUCUAGAUAACUGUAGGGAAAUCUGGAGUGGCAUCUCUCUUUCCCUCCCCCUCUCUUUCUUUUCCUCCCUUCCUCCCUGUCACAUGUUGAGAAAGAACUUAUGAGGAGGGAAGCCAGCACUUACAGGCUUCCACACAGUCUGAAAACCCAGGCCGUCCACAGUGAUGGGCUUGUGCCUGUUAGGACUGGAAAGCAGGUGGCUCCGGAGCCAGUGACAGGCAGAACCAACAAGCUACUUUUGUCCUCCUCCUCCUCUUUCUCUGUGCCGAGUUCUACAAGGGCAGAGCUAGGAGUGAGAAGGCAGGUGAGCUUGGAGGAAUCAAGGGGGAAGUUAGGGCAGUGCCCUAAUGGACAGGUGUGUGGGGCCCAGCUCCCUAUGCCCAUAGACAUCUAUGAUGCCUCAUUAUUAUUUUGACUCCAUUUCCCCUGCUGUAACAAGUGGUGCUGAAGAAGAGUCCCUUCUGUAAUAACUGAGGGCAAAGUUAGAUAUCAGCUAGCUAAUGCUCAGAGGUCCACACUCAGUGUACGGACAACAAGGGAUGGGCUCCCAUGUGGCAUUGUGCAUGAGGCCAAACCAAUACCGUACCAUGCACCCAUUGCCCCUUCUAUGGGUAGGGACUCCUCCUCCUUCGUUACCAGGUCUUUCAUGCAGUUGCAUUUCCCAGUUGAAACAGGGCAAAGAACAAUCCAUCUACAUUGGUUUGUUCUGGAAAUGGCCAGUAAACUUUCUGAUGUCUGAUACAGCAACCUCUGAAUCUCGUCUUUCCAAUGGCUGCCUGACCCCUCUCAGGUGUGCGUGCCCGAGCUUUUUGAGAUUCACCUUAACAUGGGCUUAAGAAACACAAGUGGAGUUUAAACUUUGUCAUGAAUUGUGAGGUUUCGUUUCGUUUUUAUUGUAAUGAUAUCUUUGAGGGGGAGGGGAGGGGAAAUGUGUUAUUUUUAUAGCUUUCUUGGGGUAACACAAUAAAUGGAUUUCAAACGUCGUUUGACUCAAAAAGGAGAGAUGCAUUGCUGUUGCACACACAUGCACAAAUGCGCACCCUUCCUUUCAUGCUCCUAGUGUGGGGCAAGGGAAUUGUUUCAAGCCAACGGGUUGCAUUCCCUUCUGGGGGCCACAAGCUAGUGGGGGGUGCCUUUUCAUAGAAGGCUAGUUUCUACACACAUUUUCUCUCCUCCAUCCCGGCAAGCAAGAAGCAUUCGCAAGAGUACAAGGGCACAUUCCAGCCAGGCAAAAACACUUGGGUGCAAACCAGAGGGGGUAGGGUGUGUGGCUGGGGAGGCGUGUGCCCUGGGGAGAGUCCUGAGUGCCAGAUAAAGAGGCAUGGAGAGCCUCCUUCAGUCUCCAGGCCUAAGGGGAGUGACAAAGCAUAGCAACCUUUUAAGCACAGCUUUGGCACACUACUGUGAAUUACAUCAUGCUUCCCUCUUUUUUCACUUUUAAAAAGCUGUCUGGUUUCUGAAUUCGAUGGCGGCAGCAUUAGCACUGGGGGCAUGAUUGCUUGACCCUUCCCACUCGUUACAGAUAGAAGAACAGAUGUCACAGGAGAAGCAUUGAAGGUGCCUGGUCUUCUCCUGGACAUGCUAACUUCUCUACUGCAGGGAUUGCUGUUGAGCUGCAGACACAUUCUGUGAUGUGACCCACCCCAUCGACAGCUUGAAAUGGUACAGCCUCUGACACAGGCUGUUCAAUCAGGAGCAGCCCUACCAACAGGCAGGGUGGGAUAGCACCUCAGUGGACACAGCACAUGGGGAACUGCUGGAGCUGGGAGAGCCACAUAGAAUCGUAGAGUUGAAAGGGUCCCCGAGGGUCAUCCAGUCCAACCCCCUGAGGCGCAGGCAUCUUAACCUGAGAUUAAGAGUCUCAUGCUCAAUCGACUUAGCUAUCCCCUGCCCUUUACCCUCUAGUCUGCUCCCCUCACAUGCUUUGAAGAAUGCUAUCCCGUCAACACUGCAGGAGUAAGAUCUAUUGCCAGUCCAGUUGAGUGCUGUAUUACCAUAAGAAGAAGUACGGUACCCUGCAGGAUCAGGACAAAGGCCCACCUAGUCCAGCUUCCUGUUCUCUCAGUGCCCAGCCAAAGAUGCCUGAGAAACUGAUAUUGCAGGGUAAACAUGGCCAAUCUGGCUAGGAGCCGCCGAUUGCCUUAUCCCCCUUCAAAGCCAUCAAAGGUGGGUAUGAAGGAUAGGACUAACCCCUGCUGGACCAUGCCAGAGGCUCAUCUCGUCCAGCAUCCUGCAGCCAAACGGAUGCCAAUGGGAACCCUGCAGGCAGGACUUGAAUGCAACAGAACUCUCCCCACUUGCCACCUUCUUUAACUGGUUUUCAGCCAAGGAUAGCUUUACCCUUCAGGAUUUGUCCAUAUCUCCUUUUGAAGCCCUCCAAGUUGGUCGCCACCAUUAAUUCUUGUGGGAGCAAAUUCCAUAGUUUAAAGCAGGGGCUGGGAAGCUUUACCUCACCUGGGCUGGUUCACUCCAGCAGAGAUCCCACCGUGGGCUGGAUCCUGUGAGCACGUGCAGCCGCGAUUUCCGGUGCCUGAGCAGACAUGAUUUCCAGCGUCUGCACAGAUGUGAUUUCUGGCACUGCGGAAGCGAGUCCCUGCGCCAUGCUGCACCGAUUUAGCACAGCGUGCGGGGACUCGCCAAGUGGGUAGCUCGGUUUAGGGGCGGCUCAUGGGCCGGUUAAAUGAGCCCUGUGGGCCGCUUGUGGCCUAUGGGCCUUAGGUUGCCUACCCCUCAUUUAAAGACACGCUGUGCACUUUCAUUUGUCCUGAAU